UCAUCUUAUCAAUCGCCAUCUCCCCCUCGCUGGUGCAUUUAUCAGCAACGACAACGGCUCUAAUUCACUAUCCCAAGGGAACACUGAUCCCCUGCGAAUCCUAUCCUAUAGACCAUAGACAAUAGAGCCCCUUAUGCCAUCAGGCGCAGUCACCUCGGAGCAAAUCCGUGCCUCUGACAUCGGCACGACCAUCCUCAAAGCCGGCGGCUCAGCAGCAGAUGCAAUUAUAGCUACCGUCCUCGCAGUCAACACCCUCUCACCUUAUCACUCUGACAUAGGUGGUGGCGGGUUUGCCAUCGUGAAAGAACCUGGCGAUUCUGGACAAGUGAAGUGUUUGGAUUUCAGGCAGUGUGCGCCAGAGGGAGCAACGCCAGAGUUAUUCAAGACGAGUAACACGUCGACAUCGGUGGGCGGGUUGGCAGUGGCUGUCCCUGGAGAGCUCAAGGGCCUGGAGGAACUCCACAAGGCGUAUGGGACCCUUCCAUGGUCUAGACUGUUUAAAGAGAGUAUUGAGUUGGCGGAAGGGGGAAUGGAAGUGAGAGGCGAUCUGUAUGAUUUUAUCACGCAAGAAGCCAAUCCUGCAGGGUCUAGCAACAUGAGAGGCACAUGGAUGAUGGAAGAUCCCACAUACACAUCUUUAAUCACAAAAGAUGGUCAAGCCAUCCCGAUCGGGAGUAUUUGGAAACGGCCAGAGUACGCAACGACUCUCCGAAAGAUUGCAGCAGAGGGAGCUGCCGCGUUCUACCAAGGCGAGAUUGCGGAAGGCCUGGUGAAAGCUGUGCGAGCCCGGGAUGGUGUGAUGACAGUAGACGAUCUGAAGAAUUACAAACUCAAAUGGCGAGAACCUCUUUCUACCAAGUUCAAGGAUUAUACUCUAUAUGCGCCACCAGCCCCCGCUUCGGGAGCCAUCUGGCUCUCAGUUAUGGGAAUGCUUUCCCAAUUUGAACCCGCAGGCUACGGCUCCGUUACUGAUUUGCAUCGGUUGACCGAGGCUCUUCGACUUGCAUAUGGCCAAAGAACCGCUCUGGGUGAUCCAGCCUAUAUUGACGGAGUGGAGGAGAAACAGCGAGACUGGUUGACAGAGAAAAGAAUCAAGGCUAGGGCAAGGAUGAUUGAUGAGAAUCACACCAAAGAACCCGACUACUACAAGCCGCCCAAAGUGGCCCUCGAUUUCGACAACGGCACGUCCAACAUUACUGCUACAGACUCGUCUGGUCUCACCAUCUCCAUUACCACUACCGUUGGCCUCGGAUGGGGAUCCAGGAUCAUGGUACCCGGCUACGGCUUUGUGCUCAACGGCUCCAUGGACGAUUUCUCGGUCGAAGGGAGGCCCAAUGGUUUUGGCUACGAGCCUCAAGUAACAAAUUACGUUGCCGGAGGCAAACGUCCACUUUCAUCCUCUUGUCCUUACAUCAUCACCAACUCUACCGGCAAGGUCAUCGCCUCCGGCGGAGCAGCAGGUGGCAGCACCAUCAUCUCUUCCAACGCCCAAGUAGCUCUUUUCGUCCUCGUAUACGGGUUUUCAGCCUCUCAGGCCCUUGCUGCUAAUCGUCUACACAACCAAAUCUUGCCCAACGUCACAAAAGUUGAGCGAGGGUCCAACGUAAGAGGUGUUCGAGUUGAAGGAUUUAGUGAAGAACAAGUUGAAGGAUUGAAACAAAAGGGCCAUGUAAUUGAGUGGGUAGAUAAAAGCUUCAGCACACCUUGUGUUAUGGUAUGGACAGAUGAUGGCUGGGAAGGAGAUGGGGAUCCGAGGAAACAUGAUUCAGGCGGAAGCGUAUAUCAUGAGUAGUCUGUCCAGAUCCAGCAAUUUAACGAGGAAUACUAAAUAAUUCCCCAAUGCAUCACAGACAAGCUCUACA